AUGUUUCUUAAGAACAGUGCCGUAGUCGUUCUGGCGGUGAUGCUGGCCGCAGGAGCCGCCGCAUCCAACUCCCAGCAGGAACAACAGAUGAUCAAUCUGAUCAACGAAAUCGACAGCGAGUCCAGUUUUCCGCUGUUCGGUGGACUAACGAUCGAACGAGCUGAAUCCGCCAACGAACGAUCCUUUCCCGCUGGGGACGAAAACCUAGCGGACCGUGCCGUGCGAUAUCUAAAUAGCCACAGUGUGAAGUUCAACAUCGCUGCCGAUGAGGAAAGUGAAGGACGCCAGUUGGAGGAAGCACGCAGCAGCCGCCUGAAGCGAGUCUUCCUUCCCCUGCUGUUGGCACUGAAGCUGAAGAUGUCGAUCGUCUUGCCGAUUCUGCUCACCAUCAUCAAGCUAAUCUCGCUGAAGGGAUUGAUCGCUGGUCUGCUGGCUCUGAAAUUCUCUAUCUUCACCUUUCUGAAGGAUCUGUUUAACAAGAAGCAGGAACGUGUGACCACCGCUUACAUCACUAGCGCCCAGCCCGUGAAUGCCGAGAUCGUGCACCAGGACUGGCACCGCAAUGGACAGGCUUCGCCGCAGGAACUGGCCUAUAGUGGCUACAACCCGUACGCUACCCUGCAGUAA